AUGGCUGCCGUCACAAACACUGCGCCCGACCCGGACGGGGUAACACCAGGGCCUGUCCCUACCGUCGUAGAGGUUGGUGGUCAAUCAGAGCAGACCCACCUGCCGGGUCCCAAGGUGGAUCUCACCGCACUGUCGUUCUUGUUGGUGCAGCACCUCUCAAAUUCUUGGGGAUUGAGAACCGCAGAAUUCGCUGUGUAUCUCUUUCUUGUCAUUCUGUUCCCCGACACACUCCUGCCUGCAUCCAUCUACGGCUUCGUGACGACGGGUGUCGCUAUCUUCCUUUCGGGUUGGGCUGGAAGGAUGGUCGACGAACAGAACAAUCUAGCAGUCGUUCGCGCAAGUAUCAUCGUCAUCAAGUUCGCAGCCGCGGUGCAGUACGGCGCGAGCCUUGUCUUGCUUUUUCGGUUGCAAGUUGAGGACUCUACACGCCCAUGGUCGACCCCACUUGCUUCGGGGAUGUUUACACUGGUGACUCUGGGGGGCUGCGUGCACACCAUUGCCGGGACAACGAUUACAGUAGCUGUCGAGCGGGAGUGGGUCACUUGCAUUGCAGGUGAUCGUUCGGCGCAUCUUACGACCCUCAACACAUACAUGAGACGCAUUGACCUCUUUUGCAAACUAGUCGCCCCCCUUUUCGUCUCGCUUCUCACGUCUGUCGCCUCCUAUCGCUUUGCUGCGAUAUUCCUGAGCGGCGUGGAAGGCGCAUGCCUUGUAUUUGAACUCAUUUGGAUAUCCAUCUCCUACCGUCAUUUUCCAGUUCUCCGCGAGGCCCAGGAGGCCAAAGAUGCUCUAAAACACCAGCGCGAUCUCGCCUCCACUCCAGGCCAUAACAAGUCUCCAAUCUUCACCCUUCCUUCGCUCGCCUGCAUCCGCCGCCAGCUCCUCGAGGCCCUCGCCGACUGGAAAGAGUUCACGCAGACGCCCAUCUUCCUCUCCUCGCUCGCGAUCUCGUGGCUGUACGUGACCGUGCUCAGCUUCGACGGCACGAUGCUCGCCUACCUCAAGGCGCACGCAUACAGCGACCCGUUCCUGGCCGGUAUGCGAGGUAUCACGGUCGUCGCAGGACUUCUCGGCACGCUCGUGAUGCCUGUGCUUGAGCGGAGGCUUGGGCUCGUGCGCGCGGGGAAUUGGAGCAUCUGGUCAGAGGUGCUUUGCCUCGUCCCCGUCCUCGUCGUCCUUUACGUAGGGGCACCGCCGGACGGCUCGCGCGCGCCAGGCUGGAACGCGGCGCUGCUCUUCGGUGGAAUGAUGCUCUCCAGAAUCGGCCUGUGGGCAUUCGACCUGUGCCAGCUCAAGGAGCUCCAGCUCGCCCUCGCCGCGCAUCCGCGGCGAAACUCGAUGACCGCACUGCAGACCGCACUGCAGAACGUCGCGAGCAUGUUCAAGUACGUGCUGACGAUCGUGCUGAGCAAGCCAUCGCAGUUCAAGUAUGCAGCGCUAGCGUCUUUCGUCAGCGUGUUCGCGGGCGCAUCGACGUAUUUGUUGUACGUCAAGAAGGAGCGCGGGCACGUAUUGCACCACGGCGUGGGCGACCUGAUCCCCCUCCUUCGCAAGAAGUGGGCGUGA